CUGUCGUCUUGUUCUUUUUACAGACGGCGGUAUCUGCACUCCUUCCGUCAAACGCUCCUCCUUUAUCCGGACUUGCGACCGGCACAGAAGCCGCUGGAUUGCGGUCUCUAUGGUGGAGUUUAUGAUCCAAUAAGUAACAAAAAUAUAAGUGGGAAAACAGGUAAAAAAAAAAAUUUCACACACAAACAGUUGACUAUAAAAUAAUACUUUAUAUAUAAAUGCAUUAUGAUUCAUAUGAAGAAAAAAAAAAAAAAAAAAAUUAAAAAGAUUUUCAGAAAGCUAUUUUCCUAAUAAUAAAAAUCUAUCAUUCUUUACAAUGGAUUGAGUCAGAAUACAAAAAUUUUUCGCUUCGGAUAACGCUUUCGACACAAUUUCUAAAAAAUAAAUUCUAUUUUUAGGUAAUGAUAUUGAUGGAAUUCCUCAAAAUGAUAUUGAACAUAUUAAAUCUUAUGUAAAAAAUCAUCCAAGUGAACGAAUAUUAUUAUCAAUAUUAGCGGCAAAUUUGAAACGAAAAUAUACAAAAGAACAAUAUUUACCAAUUUUGCGACAAAUGGAAGCAGAUGGAGAAGGCACUCUCACAACAACAGAUAACACAACCGGUCCAAAAGCAUUAGUUUUUAUUAAAAAGCGACGAAGUGAGCAAGCAUCAGAAUCUCACAACGAUACUGCCAGCAAUCAAUCAUGA